AUGCCUAGAUCAAACAAAAUAUGUGAUACUUUAGAAACUACAUUAGGAAUUAUAAAACCGGAUGGCAUAUGUAGACGUGAUAAAAUAUUACGUAAAAUUAAAAGAAAUGGUUUUUAUAUCCUUUAUAAUAAAAAAUUUCAAUUAUCUCCUGAAUUGGCAGCGGAUUUCUUAAAAGAAAAGGAAAACGAUCCAAAUUUCAAUAUAUUUGUGUAUAAUUUAUCAAAUGGUCCAAUAGAAGUAUUAAUUUUAUCUAAAGAGAAUGCAAUUAAUGAUUUUCUUGCAUUAAUUGGACCAGAAGAACCGAGUAAAGCAAGAUGUUAUUCUCCAAAUUCAAUUCGUGCUGAAUUUGGAAGUCUUGAAAAUGAUUACUUAAAUGCUAUACAUGGUAGUUGUAAUAAAAAUAGUGCACGCAAAGAAAUUCACUUUUUUCAUCCAGAUUUCAUAUAUGAACCAAUAGAACGAAUUGAAUCAAUUGAUGACAUAGUAUACAAGUAUCCGGAAUUUUUUUCUACCUUAAUUGAAGGUUUACAUAAUAUGACAAAAGAGAAACCUGAUGAACCAAUAAUAUGGCUAUCAAAAUGGUUAUCAGAUAACAAUAAAAAUAUUCCAACUAUAAUGACAACUUCCGAGUCGAAAAUAAAUGAAAAAACUAACUAUUCAAAAGAAUCUUCUUCAACAUCAGUUUGCAACUCAUUCGAAUCUGAUUCGAUUUCAUCAAUUUUGAAUUCAGUGAUUGGUUCAACGACAACAUUUAGCAAUAAUACUGUGUUACAAGUAGACCAACAAAAUGAUGAAUCAUCAUUAGGUAAUGUAAUACAUGAUAUUGGGACUUGUGUUGCCAGUAUACAUAAUCCGUGCAUAUGUCCCAAAUGUAAAAAAAUAAUUAAAGUUCCAAAUUUUGAUAUGAAUACUUCACCAAAUAGCAAUGAAGAAGCAAAAGAAGUGUUUUCUCCCGAAGAUUCUAAAAAGUCUCAAAAGCUCAAUCAAGUGUAA